AUGGUCGUAGGCAAGGCUCCCGCACCAUCCAGGGCACUCCUCCAGCUCGAACGAGGGGCCAGGCUGCGGGUCCCACCAGGCUGGCCCCCGCCGCCUCAAUCCCGCCACGGAUCAGCCGGCGCGUGCUUCUCCUGCCAGGCACGACCGCGGGAGCGGGCCCACGAGCAGCACGAGUCUACGACUAAGCGCUGGCUUUCCAAGAUCCCUGUCCACGGCGUCCAGGAUGGCAGCGCCGCCACCACCACUACCUCGAACCUCUUGGUCCCGGGAAUGGAAACGAAGAGGGGCGCCGGUCGAGGCAUCCUCUACGUGCAGAAGCGCCGUGAUGGACGCGAAUACGCGUGGAUCCCCUUGCAUCCCCAAUCCUACGCCGAAAUGCUACGUCGGAACAACAUGCCCUCCACCGCGCGACAAGACGAGGGCCCGCUCUUGGCCUGGGCAGCUUCCGCUCUCACAGCGUCCGAAACCACCCCGCCCGCAUCACUUCCGGCUCUCACCCAAGUGUACAGCGGCGCAAAAGACCUCCCCGCGCUCCGCAGGCUCCUCACGCUCAGCUUACGACAGGGGGUCGCGAUCCCCAGACUAGAAAGCGAACAGGAGCGCGUCUACGAGUCCAUCGCCACCGGGACCCUCCCCGCGGAGUGGAAGGACCCAUACGUCUUACUCGGGCUCAUCAUCAGUCUGGAGCAGUGCCUCGCGGCACAGGACUCCCGGCUCGAUGCGCGCUUCCACCUCGUCGCGCUCGAGCAGUCGGGCAAGGCGUUCCACCUCGAUUUCGUGGCGCGCUAUUUGGGGCUUGCGCUCGAGGCCCACGCCGCAGCGCCGGGGCGUGGCCUCGCGUCGUUCCCGGAGAGCGUCCGGGCCACGCUCGAGGCACUCGCUUCGAGGUUGAGGAGCGCGUCGGAACCGGGCAUCGAUCAGUUUACGCGUGAGGCUUUACUCUACCUACUCGUGGGCGCGCCCGCGGCAGAUCGCGGCCAGCCUUCGUUUCGAGCGGCCAUGACGGGGAAGUUUGUCCGCGAGAGGGCUUUCCCAGAGUACGUGCGUAUAUUGGCGGAGAUGGGUGCGCUGAGGACGCUCUGGCACGAGUGGACGGCUCUCAAGGUUCCUGGCGCAACUGGGGGCUGGCCGUGGGAGCCGGAGGCGGUGUUUGCGCGAGCUCUGCUGGGCGCGCACCGUCUCGUGCUAGGCGUGGAGGCGGACCUCGAGGUUCUCCCGGACGAGCCGUCGGUGGAGGAGGAGGAGGAGGAUGGCGGCGUGCCGUUGCCGGGAACGGAAGCGGGGACGAUGCCGGGGGCAUUGCCCGGACUUGUGAGGGACGGGCUGGAUUGUGGCUCGGCGGAGGAGGCGAUUGUUAGGAUUCAGCAGGUCAUCUCGGAGGUUGUUGAGGGUUCGGCGGGGAAGGAAUAA